CACAAGAAGCUUCCAGACCACGAGGCCAUUCUCGUCAUUUCGACACCGUAUUAAAAAAACAUUUAUCGGGCGACACGAAGAAGAAGGAGAGAACAAAGGAAAUUUUAAGGAAAAAUCGGUGCUUUUUUGUUGUUUUCUCCUCCGUCGUCCUCACACGCAACAGAACAGAGUGACCCUUUUGAGACUUGCGUUUGAAGAGAAAUAUCUCUCUCUCUCUCUCUCCUCCCGUUUCCCCUUCUUUUUCGUUUCUAUAGUUUUACUUAUACUAUCUCUGUUUGUGUGUGGGCUUCGACUUUCGAACACUGAAUUCUUCCGAUUGAAGUUCGUUGUGGGUAGCCGGCAGAAGGGUAAGAUAACGCAAUCGAAGACGGGAAUUGCAAGUCUUGCUGUGGGAACAGAGAGAGGGAGGGGCGAAAGAACAGAGCUUCAAAUGGAGAGGAGCACUCCCGUGAGGAAGCCCCACACUUCCACGGCGGAUCUACUGACUUGGUCCGAGACCCCGGCUCCGGACACGGCCCGACCGGGGUCCGGUUCUUCUCGCCCCAGUGCGCGUCCCCAUCAGCCGUCGGAUGGGAUCAGUAAGGUGGUGUUUGGAGGUCAGGUGACCGAUGAAGAAGCUGAGAGCUUGAACAAGAGGAAGCCGUGUUCGGGUUACAAAAUGAAGGAGAUAACUGGAAGUGGCAUCUUUUCAGGUAGUGGAGAAAAUGAUCCGUCAGAGUCUGGCGAUACUACUCCAAACAACAGAACAGGAAUCCGAAUGUACCAGCAAGCUCUUGCUGGAAUCAGUCACAUCUCCUUUGGUGAGGAAGAGAGUGUUUCUCAAAGAAAGCCAACUACUCUGCCUGAGGUUGCGAAACAACGCGAAUUGAGUGGGACGCUGGAAAGUGAGUCAGACGGGAUGUUGAAAAAGCAGAACUCCCAAGCUAAAACCAAAGAGCUUAGUGGGCAUGACAUAUUUGCACCUCCACCUGAAAUCUUGCCCAGGACAUUGGAUUCACGUUCACUUGCAAUGUAUCAAGACAUGGGAGAAUCUGCACAACAUAAUUUACGCACAUCUGUCAAAGUUUCUAAUCCCGCUGGAGGUCAGAGUAAUAUAAUGUCCACUGAAGAACCUGUGCUGAAGACGGCGAAGAAGAUCUAUGACAAGAAAUUCUCUGAACUUUCAGGAAACAACAUCUUCGAGGGUGACGUGCCUCCAUCAUCUGCGGAGAAACCACUAAGUGUGGCGAAACUGCGCGAGAUAAGUGGCAACGACAUUUUCGCUGAUGGUAAGGUAGAAUCUCGGGACUACCUGGGCGGCGUGCGCAAACCGCCUGGCGGCGAGAGCAGCAUCACAUUGGUUUGAUAAGAAACAUCGCAGACCAACUAUUUCACGUGAUAGUCUUGUGUCUGGAUUUUCGUUUCCUUCUCACUGUGAACAUGUUCUGGUAUUACGCUCCUUUCAUUGAGUUCAUCGAGGAAUACGGCAAACCUUGUCCAGUAUUUAACAUGAUUGGCUAGAGAUGUGAGCAAUGUGCUAAUUGGUGUUAUGUGUUCAUACUUGCGUCUGGUUUAGCGAUUGUCCUAAUUUUCUGCAAGUUCAUCUACCGCAAUGGAUGGUUGUGUUUUUCUGUUC